AUGUUUAUCUUCAAACCAGAUGUUCUGGUGAUAAUCCAGGCUGUCUUCUUAAUGCAAAUGGCUUGGAAUAAGGUCCUUUGUCAGCUUCAUUACAGCAUCCCUGAGGAAUCCAAACACGGAACCUUUGUUGGAAGAAUUGCCCAGGACCUUGGCAUGGAGAUCAUUGAGAUUAAUUCCAGGAUGCUAAGGAUCAUUUCUAAAGACCAGAAAGAAUAUUUUCAGGUAAAUCUGCAAAAUGGCAUUUUAUUUGUUAAACAUGCUAUAGACAGAGAAGAGCUGUGCCCAAACUUACCUUUGUGUAUUGUGUCUAUUCAAGUUAUUGUUGAUAAACCUGUACAAAUGCAUCGUGUGGAUGUGGAGAUAGAGGAUAUAAAUGAUAAUUAUCCAGUGUUCUCUUCCAUUCAGUACACUAUUUCAAUAGCAGAAUCAAAGCAACCAGGGUCUCGUUUCCCACUAGAGGGAGCUGUAGAUUCCGAUGUUGGAACUAAUUCUGUUACAAGCUAUGAACUCAAUGCAAAUGAAUAUUUUAUUCUAGAGUUUCCAAAGUUUGUUCAUCAGAUUAGAUCAAUACAACUUGUUCUGAAAAAAUCAUUGGACAGAGAGAAAAUAAGUUUGCACAAUUUGACUCUUACAGCAUUUGAUGGUGGAAAGCCUAAACUAAGUGGUUGCACUCAACUUAUUAUCAAUGUUGAAGAUGUUAAUGACAACUCCCCCAUAUUUAAUCAGUCAUUUUACCAGUGCAGUGUUGCAGAAAAUGCUUCUAAAGGAACCUUAGUUACAAGACUGAAUGCAACUGAUUUGGAUUUGGGUAAGAAUGGGGAAAUAUCAUAUGAAUUCAGUAAACUGGUUCCAUUGCAAAUGUUGUCAAUAUUUAGUCUAGACAAGAACACAGGCUAUAUUAAUGUAAAUGGGGAACUUGACUAUGAAAAAAACAAUGUUUACGAAAUCUAUGUUGAUGCUUUUGAUAAUGGUGAACCCCCUUUGACUGGACACUGCCAACUUUUAGUCACAGUUGCUGAUCUGAAUGACAAUGCUCCUGAGAUGUCAGUGACUUCUCUUUCUUUGCCUGUUCCUGAAGAUGCAACUCAAGGAACCAUUGUUGCAAUCAUUAGUGUCCAUGAUAGAGACUCUGGGAUCAAUGGAAGAGUGAACUGCUACAGCAUUCCACCCACUCCAUUUAAAGUAAACCCUGCAUUCACUGGGGAUUUUUCUCUCAUAGUUAAUGCACCUUUAGACCGAGAAAACAAAUCAGAAUAUCAAGUUGUGAUAACUGCUACAGAUGAAGGCUCCCCUGCACUUUCAACAUCAAUGACAAUCAAUGUUGAAGUCAGUGAUGUGAAUGAUAAUGCACCACUAUUUCAACAACCAGCACACACUAUCUUUAUAAAGGAAAAUAAUGCACCGGGCUCUCAUGUCUACACAGUAUCUGCCUUUGAUUCUGAUACUGGUCAGAAUGCCUUCAUAACAUACUCACUCACUGAGAGCUUCAUAGAGGGGAUCCCCAUUUCCUCCUAUAUCUCCAUUAACCCAGAAAGUGGAAACCUGUUUGCUUUGUUACCAUUUGAUCAUGAGGAAGUUGUAUAUUUCCAGUGUCACAUAAAAGCCACAGAUGCAGGACUUCCUCCACUGAACUCCAGUCUGGCAUUAAAUAUUUUUAUUGUAGAUGUAAAUGACAAUCCACCAGUGUUUACAUCAGAAUAUGCCAACAGAGAAUCUGCAAUGUCUUUAACAGCACCCAAAUCAAUACAACCAGGUCAUCUGGUAACUAAGGUUAAUGCUGUCGAUUUGGAUUCUGGAUACAAUGCCUGGAUGAUUUAUAAAAUUAAAAAUGUAGCAGGAAAUUCCCCAUUUGCUAUUUCUCAACAUACUGGAGAAAUAAGACUGACCCGGCCAAUAACAGAAGCAGAGGGUGAUGAGUUCAGACUGUUUGUGGUGGCUGAGGACCACGGAGAACCUGUAAUGACUGCUCUAACUCAAAUAAUUAUCUCAAUUAAGGAUUCUGGAGAGGACACCAAGAUAGUUCAUCAUCAUUCAAGAGCAAUCAGUGAGGAAUUUUCUGAUGUAAACGUCUACUUAGUUGUUGCCAUUUGCUCAAUUUCCAGUAUUUUUCUCAUAACGCUUAUCACCUUCACUGUUUUACGAUGGCAAAAAUAUAAAGAUGAGGUCAAUCAACUGAGAGAAAACUACAGGAUUUGCUCGAACACAGUAGGUAGCUGGGUGUAUUCUCAAAGCCAAUACAAGUUCUACACAAAUUCACUUCAGGCAAAGAAUGAUUUAAUAGUUUUCACGCCAAAUAGAGGUCAAUCUUCACAGACAGAAGAAACCACAUCCGAAGGAGGUGCCAUUUCUUACUUAUCACUUCAGGUGAGAUGGUCACGUUUUUUUAAUUAUUAA